AUGCCAUUUCAAGUGCCCAAGUGGGCAAUAUCUCCUAUCGAUUCUAAUCGUUAUGCUAAGCUUCAAGUAUAUAAAGACAAUAAAGCCAUGGAUCAAUUGGCGAUUGGUUUACAGUCAUGCUAUGUCUUAGGACGUAGUAAGGAGCAAAGCGAUAUUUGGCUACAACACUCAUCCAUUUCUCGUCAACAUGCUGUGAUUCUACAUAAUGAAAAUGCUCAUUUAUGUCUUAUGGAUUUGGGUUCAGCUCAAGGGACUUUUUUAAAUGGCAAAGAGAUUGCACCGAACGAGCCUCAAGAGCUUCAAGAAGGAGAUCAGAUAACAUUUGGGUCAAGUACGAGGACGUACGUGUUUCAAAAUGCUAGAAAAGAAGAAGAACAUGCUCAAAAGGAGAUCAAACAUAUAGAAGGAACUAAUGUAGAUCCUGAACUCCAACGGAUGAUGCGUGAAAUGCAAAGCUUUGGUGACCAAACUAGUCGCAAGCAAAAGAAGGAUGAAAAGAGAGCGACAGAAGCUAACGACGAUAAAGUUGAGGAGAGGAAAAGUAGACGAGCUGAGAUUGCAGCAAUGACCGCCGAAAUGAUGCAAGCACCUGCACAAAUUGUUAGGACUACUGUUGAUGCAGAAGAGGAGCAAGCACGAGAUAAUGGUGUUGACAGAGGCAACUUAGCGGAGUCUGAGAGUGAUGAUGAUGACAAUAAUGGUGAGAACGACGUAGCUCUUCGAUAUCGUUUGCCUAUGUCGCGUGAAGUUGUCCUUGAGAGCCACACAAAAGGGCUCAAUUGCAUUGCCGUUGACGCACCUGGUGCUCGAGUGGCGACGGGCUCCACUGACUAUCAUGUCAAGUUGUGGGAUUUUGCUGGCAUGGCACGUCAUGUCCGCCCGUUUCGCGAUGUUGAGGUGGAAGACGGUCACCCGCUGGUGGCUUUGAGCUACAGUCCGUCAGGGGAUCGCUUGCUUGUAGUUUCUGGAUCCUCGCAGCCAAAGGUAUUUACGCGCGAAGGUGUGGAGGAGAUGCAAUUCGCAAAGGGAGAUAUGUAUGUUGUCGACAUGGCUAACACCAACGGGCAUACUCAUACAGCAACUAGUGGUCAAUGGCAUCCACAAGUACGCUAUCAAAUGAUUACGAGCUCAUUGGACGGUACGGUACGACUGUGGAGCCUCGGGGGCAAACAGACAUUCAACAAGCUUAUCAAUACGUCCGUAUUCAAGUUUAAAGAUCGUCGCGGCCGACGCUGCGGAGUGACAACCUGUCGUUUUAGCCCAGAUGGUGGGUUGAUCGCAGGAGCUACUAUGGACGGUCAAUUGCAAUGUAUUGAUCCGCGCAAGGCUUACGCUGGAGCUGUUAUUGCUAUUCGUGAUGCACAUGCUGAUGGUGGAGGUGAUUUAGGCGUUUCUUCAAUUCGGUUUUCGCCCGACGGCAAAUUCAUGGCUUCACGAUCUUGCUCGGAUGAUACUGUUAAGAUCUGGGAUUUGCGUAAAGCAAAGCAGAGCGUGAAAGAUUUUCGUAAUAUCGAGGGUGUAUUCGGGACAUGUAACGUUGCUUUUAACCACAAUGGUACGGCCAUCGCUGCCGGGACAUGCGUUCGGAAGGGUAAGGGCCUAAUGGGACAGGUUCUGUUUUUGGAUGUACAUACACCAGGCCUCAUAGAGCCUAUAGCUAGCAUUGACAUGAAGCAAGACGAAAGUGCUGUGUGCGUAGAGUGGCACCAUGGUAUCAAUCAGGUUUUUGUUGGAACCUCUUCUGGGACUUGCCGUGUUUUUUACGAUCCACAACAAAGUACAAAGGGUGUGCUUUUAAGUGCCACGAAGAAGCUAAAGGUGCAAGGAGGCGACUCAGGAGUUCGUAUCGACGGUAUUGGCAAAAUAUACACUCCUCACGCGCUACCCAUGUAUCGCGAUGAUACGUCAGGGUCUCGUAAACGAAAAUACGAAAAGGUGCGCGCUGAUCCGAAGAAGUCACAUGCGCCUGAAAAGCCCAUUACGGGCCCAGGCAUGGGUGGCAAGAUUAGCGGUAGUACUACUUUCACGCAGUAUUUUAUGAAAAGUCAUAUCAAGUCGUCAUUUCGCGAGGAAGACCCGCGGGAGGCAAUAUUAAAGUACGCCAAGGAGGCUGAAACAGAUCCACAAUUUUUGGGCGGUGCUUAUAAGAAGGAAAAGAUGGACCCGCGGUAUCAGCUUGCGAAGCAAACUCUAGAGGAGGAAAAACUUGCAAAGGAGGAGGAAGAUCGCCGUCUAUUGCAGCCAUAG